AUGGUGUUCGCAUGUAAUAUGAACUUUGUUUUGUACGAAAAACCAAAUGAAUACGUGGCUCAGUUUAAAUUCACAGUGUUGUUAAUGCCCACUGGUCCACAUAAAAUUACAGGUAUACCAUUCGAACAAGAAUUAUAUGACUCACAGCACACUAUAGAUGAUCCUACGCUCAUCGCAUUACUUCAUUCCUCGGCAAAUCCAAAAUCAGCAAAAAAAAAAAAAAAGAAGUCAGAAAAAUGUUUGGGUGACGGAUCCACAGGCAUAAGUCAAGAUGAUGAUUAAACCUCAAGUAAAUAAAUGUAAUUCAGAAAAUCAAAAGUUUAUGAUUUUUCAAUAAAAUAGGCUAUUUGUCAA